CGUUCCGAACGGAACAUCAACGCAGAGGUGUCAUGGCGUCGUGCAGCACAGUGGCUCAGAAACAGAAACACAACUAGCUGGCUCAGAAACAGAAACACAACUAGCUAAGGUUCAUUUAUUAUGACUCGCAGACCGUGAAUAAACAUAGAAUAAAGACCCCGGAAGAAGAAAUCAGUUCAAAAUGGCUGACUCAAGUGACACCAGUAAUCAGCAAAUGGCGACUCCUGGAGGCAGCAGUAACGUUGGACUGCUGAUGGGCCGCCGACCACCAUCGGGAAUCUCUCCAGGUCGCCUCCCUUCCAUGAGGUCAAGAGACCUCACACUGGGGGGAGUAAAAAAGAAAACGUUCACACCCAAUAUUAUCGGCAGAAAGGUUAAAGAAGAACCCAAAGUAGAAGGAGGCCAGAGGCGAGAGCGGAGGGAUGCUGAGCGAGGUCGGGGCUCAAGAGAUAGAGGCAGGGGCAGAGGUCGCCCAGAGGUCAUCCAGUCCCACUCCAUUUUUGAGCAGGGGCCUGCAGAGAUGUUGAUGAAAAGAAGAGGCGCUUAUGAAAGUGAAAGAGAUGCUCCCAGCGUGGGACCCUCGCCCAUCAUCAAUAUUAAGAAGGAGAAGAGGGAGACUGAAGAGGAGACUAAAGAGAUUCUGCGCCAGCUGGAGCGAGACAACUUCAUAGAUGAUCCCUAUCUGAGAAGUGAGCAGAAGAGCUGCCCUGUGCAGCUUCCCCUUGCCGUGUCAGGAUGGGGAUUCAAGGAGGAAUUUCUUAACUUUGCCCAUAAAACUGAAAAAAAAGAGGAGGAUGAACCCAUGGAGUCUUCAGUGGAAGUGAAACAAGAGCCAGAGGAAGUGGAAAUCAAAAAGACUGAAGCAAGUUUCAGGCCUCCGCCGAUCCCCGAGCCAGACACUCUCGUCGACCUGCUUCAAAGAUGGAGUCUGAGUAAAGGCGAGGAGCUGUUCUUCAUUCAGCUGCCCGACUCACUUCCUGGCCAGCCUCCCACGAAGGAGCACAGACCGGUGAAAACGGAGGUGCAGUCAGAGGACGGGCAGUCGGUGCUUCUGAAGAAAGAGCCACAGGAAGAUGAAGUGGAAGACAACAGCUGCAAUCUGAAAGACUUGCGAGAAGGUCUAGUGGGAAAGAUGCUGGUGAGGAAGUCUGGACGGGUACAGCUCAUUCUGGGACAAGUUACUCUUGAUGUGUCUCUGGGAACAUCAUGCUCUUUCCUUCAGGAGCUGGUUUCUGUUCAGACACAAGAGAAGACAGGCCACUUGACAGUUUUAGGGAAUGUCAGACACAAAAUGGUCUGCUCCCCAGACUUUGAGGCUCUCCUGGAGAAGAGAGCUUGAUGCACUUGUGAUGACAGGAUGGAUGGUUGGUUUGGGAAAAAAAAAACUCCCAGUUAUUCCACCUUCAGUAUUUUGUUUUUGUGUUUAUUCUCUAAAAUGUAGAUUUUUAUCAUAAGGACUGGGUUUAUUAAGUCACAAAUCACAGCUGGAGUGGCAUACAAUGUUGUGAAACUGUUUUUGCAUUUGGAAUUGCUUGACGGAACUGUAUAAUUAUGUAAAUAUGUUAAUAAAAAUGCUAUUGUUAUGUCUUCACUUGGA